AUGGAACUGGAGUAUGUUACUGGACGAAUUAUAGUUGUAUUGUUUCCGGAUGUUAUUACUGAUGUUCAGUACAGAGCCGGCUUUAAAGAGAUGACGUCAACUUUACGGAAAAAUUAUCCGGAAUGUUACAAGAUUUUGAAUGUAUCGAAAAAAAGAAAUGACUUGGCUCGUAUACACCCUGUUGAAGAAUUUGGAUGGCCAGAAGAGUUGGCUCCGCCACUAGAUCGGCUUUGUACCGUGUGUAAGAUGAUUGAAACUUGGCUUGCUGCAUCUGCCCGAAAUGUGGUAGUUAUACACUGCAAAGGUGGACAUUCUCGAGCAGCCAUUGUUAUCUCAGCCUACAAACAGUACAUCAGCAUCUGCGGACACGAUGAUUCCUCGCCAGACUGUUUUGCUAUGCAGCGAUUCAGCCAACGUUUCCUUGGCCCCGAAGGACAACCAUCACAUAAAAGGUAUAUCAAGUAUUUUGCCGCACUCUUAUCUGGAACUCAAAAAAUAAGUGCUGCAACUGUGUAUUUAAAUCAGAUUUUACUUACCAAUUUCUCUGGAAGGAACGUGUUGUUCAAGAUCUAUGAAGGAAUGCAGCCAACACAGUCUACACAAAUUGUGCACGCUCAAAAUCAGACGGUAAUUGAUUUAUUUGGUUUGCCGUUACGCGGCGAUAUCCUCAUUAAAUGCUUUGAACGCACCAAAACCUCUGAAAGAGCUCCGCUAUUUCGAUGUCAAUUCAACACUUGCACAUUCGAUUUGGGAAAUUGUCAGGAAAACUUAUUUAGCCUUAAAUUUGCCAAAGAAGAGCUGGACGACAUCUUCAAAGGUUAGUA